GAUGAGUCUAAAAAACACGACUUUAAAUGUAUUUAUAAGUUGUUGUGUAAAUUCCUAUUUAAUGGAAAUAUUGAUGGCAAAAGCGCCUGAAAGUGCCAAUUUCGUUACAUUUUUGCAAUUCUUAUUCAUAUCAAUACAGGGAUUUUUAUUUAGAACAUUUAAUGUGUUUAAUCCAAACAUUCCAUUCAAGAGAUAUUUUAUACUAAUAGCUUUGUUUUUUGUGACAAGUGUGGCUAAUAAUUAUGUAUAUGCCUUGCAUGUACCAUCCACCUUACAUAUGAUAAUAAGAUCUGCAACAUCCCCCGCAAGUACGCUAGUCUCAUGGUAUGCCAAAAGUCGUGUCCCCAAGGUGACCUCUAUUAUUGGAUCAGUUCUGAUCAGUAUGGGAGUAGCACUAGCUAUGUAUGGUGGUGCUACUGUAGUAGAAGAAAAUAAAGGAAGUUUUAUAUAUUGGUGCUUUGGUGUUGUAAUAUUACUCUCUACGUUGAUAUUGGGAGCAUUUACUGGACUACAACAGGAAAUUCUGUAUUCAAAUCAUGGAAAACAUCCUGAUGAGAUGCUGUUCUUCACUCAUUGUAUACCACUGCCCUUGUUUUUGACAAUUUACCCACAAUUAAAAAACAUUGCCUUGUCUAUGUCUAGUGAUUUAUGGUUAAUACUUGCAUUGAACAUCGUUUCACAGUUCUUUUGUGCUCAUUCCGUCCAUGAUUUAGCAACUAAAGAGGAUUCUGUUACUGUAACAUUUAUACUGACCUUAAGAAAAUUUAUGUCAUUGUUAAUAUCAAGUGUAGUUUUUAAGAAUAAUUUGACAAUUUUACAUGUGUUGGGAACAGUUUUAGUUGUUUUUGGAACAUAUAUUUAUUUCGAUUGCUUUGAAAGCAAAAAGCAAAGACCAGUUAGUUUGAAAGAUGAGUGAUUUUAGGCUGUGAAUUUGUAUGUCUUUUAAAUUAUU